GCCUCCUUUAUAAAUUAAGGCUACACAUGAUGACUUGAGAGGAGCCAUAAAAGCACUCUUUUCUUAGCUUUCUGGUUGAUGCGUCUCUCUCAUUUCUUCAUUUUCAAAGCUUAUAUAUUUUGAUUGUUUCUCUUUCUUGGUUUGGUCAAAUUUGGUUUUUCUUUUCUGGGUUAGUCUUCCAUUGUUCCUUUGGUGCUUAGAUUCAAUUCAACGAAAUACAAAUUGCGUUUUUAAGGUUUUGGUGAUUGGAAAUAUGGAUUUCUUGGAGUGUGCUCAAGGCGGCUUUUAGCCUGUAAGGUGGUUUAGAUUUUCUGUAUAAGUUGAAUCUUUGAGAGUUUUAGGUGAUUUAAAAGAUGACAAUUGGGGAUAUGACACUGAAGAAGGAGAGGAAGUCAAGGAAGAGUAAACAUGUUGUUGAUGAGAAAGCUCCCUUGUUGCCUAAACGACAAGAUGAAGAUGCUGGUUAUGACGAAUUUAAUGGAGCUUCUUUUACUGGGGCAGUGUUUAACUUGUCAACAACAAUUGUUGGUGCUGGGAUCAUGGCCUUGCCUGCUACAAUGAAAGUUCUGGGACUGAUUCUUGGGAUUGCUAUGAUAAUCUUUAUGGCAUUCUUAACUGAUGCCUCAAUUGAGUUCAUGCUUAGGUUUAGUAGGGCUGGAAAAACAACCUCUUAUGGAGGUCUUAUGGGAGAUGCAUUUGGAAAGUAUGGAAGAAUCUUUUUGCAAAUCUGCGUUUUAGUCAACAACAUUGGUGUUCUCAUUGUGUACAUGAUUAUUAUUGGUGAUGUGCUUUCUGGAACAUCAUCAAGUGGAGUUCACCAUGCUGGUGUCCUUGAAGGGUGGUUCGGAGAACACUGGUGGAAUGGGCGUACCUUUGUUCUUGUUGUCACAACACUGGGCAUCUUCUCUCCAUUGGCAUGUUUUAAACGGAUUGAUUCCUUGAGAUUUACAUCUGCCUUAUCAGUUGCUCUGGCAGUUGUGUUUCUUGUCAUUACUGUGGGAAUAGUAGUUGUCAAGUUGAUUAGUGGAACUAUAAUGAUGCCUAGAUUGCUACCUGAUGUCACUGAUUUGACCUCAUUCUGGAAACUCUUCACCGUAGUACCUGUUGUAGUCACUGCAUUUAUCUGCCACUACAAUGUUCACAGCAUAGAUAAUGAACUGGAAGACUCUACCCUGAUAAAACCAGUUGUGCGAACAACACUUGCUUUAUGCUCAACCGUUUACAUAAUGACAAGCUUUUUUGGAUUCCUUCUAUUUGGUGAUGCAACAUUGGAUGAUGUGCUUGCCAACUUUGAUACUGACCUUGGCAUUCCCUACAGCUCCCUGCUUAAUGAUGCUGUCCGUGUUAGCUAUGCUGCUCACCUCAUGCUUGUAUUUCCAAUUGUCUUCUAUCCACUGCGACUCAACAUUGAUGGCCUCCUCUUCCCUUCUGCAAGGCCUUUAGCUCUGUCUAAUAUGAGGUUUGCUUUUAUUACCGUUGGGCUCAUCACAGUUAUCUUCUUGGGUGCAAAUUUCAUACCCAGCAUCUGGGAUGCUUUCCAAUUCACUGGAGCAACUGCUGCAGUUUGCCUAGGGUUCAUUUUUCCUGCUGCUAUUACUCUUAGGGAUCACCAUUUUAUGGCAACAAAGAAGGACAAGAUCUUAGCUCUUUUUAUGAUUGUCCUUGCUGUAUUCUCAAACGUGGUGGCCAUAUAUAGUGAUGCCUACACGCUGUUUAAGAAGAAUUCAGGAGGAGGACCCAGGGCAUGAUCCAUCUGGCUGUUCCCUUGAUUGCAGGAGAAGACAUUUAUGGUCAUAUUUUCCUUGAAUAUAGAAUAAUUUGAGGUCUAAUUCGAAAAUCUGGGUUUUCGAAGGAGGUUUGAUAAGGUAUUUAAUAAGGUGAAGUUUUCUUCCUAUGUAUAAAAGUUAGAUUGUCAGGCAAGUGUAUGGAGUUUUUUGUAUCAUCCCCUCUGUAUGCAGUAUUGUACCUUUCUUGUUUGAUUUUAAAUCAUGUUGUAUAAACAUUAAAUCAAGUUGUGAAAUUGCAAGUAUAGUAUAUUGGCUACACUAAGCUAUCUAGAUUUUUGUGGGUAUUUUAACGUUAUUCGGCCAAUAUUAUGUCCUAGGCCUAACGGUAAUAAGG